AGUAGUAUUUACACUGUUUGCUGCGAUGCCGAUUGUGUGAAGCUGGUUGAAAUCGACAAUUUUGCUGUCCUACACACACACACACUCACUAGGUUCCUCACUGUAUACAUUGCUUUAUUCUUGGUCGUUGAGAGCAGCACUGGUGUAGUAACACAUUAUUCGCAGAGAAAGUUCAGCUAGCCCAGGAAGGCCCAAGGAAGAAAAAAAUACUGGCCGCAGUAUUUCGGAGAUAUGUUACCCGGUUUUCAACCCACAUAGAGCGGAAUUAUCUUGUGCAUAGCUGAUAGUUGGACUUAAAGGGGGUGUUGUACCUUAGGAUAUUCGGUACUGUAAACAUGUCCUCCACCAGUCCAAGUAAGGACACCGCUAGGCUGACUACCAACAUAACUUCGACAACGGUCACCAUGGUGUCGCCAUCAAUUUCAACUUCCAUGAUUGACAGCCGAAAUGUGUACAAAUUGUCACCAGCGAAAACAGGGAUCAUCAAUCCUCAGCAUCAGCAGGAUAUUGUUAAAAUUAGGCUCACAAAGGACGACAGCGGAACAGGUAUUGGCUAUACAAAGACGAUUAUCAGCACCGCUCAAACUCUGCAAGGUAAUCGACCAAACAUUAUUAGCCAAGCGAAUUCAUCACUAAUCGUUAUCGAUAAGGAUAAACAACUAACCUUGAACAAACGAGACACCAUUAAAACGUAUUUCAUCAAGAAACCCCCGGAAACCAUUGGGCGAAUCAACCACGAUUCACCAUCAAAACACAACUCCAAAAACGUUAAAAAAUCAAACCUCGUUUCAGAUAAGCCAGAUAAUAAAACAACGCCACAAAAAUUGAGCUUCAACCUAGCGCAGCAACCGACGUUACAGCUCAAGACUGCCCAGAAUAAGAUUGUACUGGUUAAAAUGCUCCCCAAAAUGCCACAAAACGGUCCUCAGGUGAUUGCAGCUCCCACUUCAAGAAGCAGUGUAUCGCCGACCACCAUAGCUCUCGCAAGGAGUGUUCAGGGUUUACGUCCGCUACCGCCUGUGGUCUCACCUCCAAAAACAACCAUUUCUACUAUCGUGGCUACAAGAUCUCCAGAAAAGAAGUUAUCGAUUGGCGAACCAGAAAUAAAAAAAUCUGAGAGUAGUUCUUCGAUAUCUUCGAACCUUUCUCUAACCACGAUUACAUCGGCUACUAUCAGUCCCACUUCAAGUGAAAUAAAUAAACAACUUACUCCAACAGUGAGUAAUUGUAGUCUUGAGCAAUGCUCUCGUGCAGAAUCUGCUCCGGAACUGAAGCUAGAGAUGAAACCUGGCGAAACAUUAGAUUCAUCGACAAUGGAAAUGGAAAACAAUGACGAAAAUGAUGGUAGCAGUUUGGGCAGCGUGAAAAUGUCACGAGAAAUGAGAUGCUUGAAGGCUUCGCAGAGUAGCUCAAAAAUUCUCACCGAAUUCAUGCAGGAUUCUAUGUCGUCGGAUAAGUUACGGAAGCGACGCCGCUCGCGUUACGAUGGAGAUGACAGUCGGAGUUGCGGUAGUUCAACACCCACGUCCCAAAAAAGAAAUUCCGUUUCUGGACGGGACGACGAGGAUCUGGACGAUGGAAGUCCAUCGACUAGUAAGCGUACAGGGAUGCGAUCGGCGAAUGCUGAAUUUUCCAUGAAACAACGAAAGUUUCUCAGCAGCAUUCACCAGCAUAGCGAUGGGUCUGACAACUCAGAUCACGAACAAGGCUCUACAAAUCACAGAAAAAGUAUUCAAAGUCAGAUACCGAUGGCACCUAAGCCUGGAUGGGACAAAUUCUGCUGGCGUUGCAAAACAUGCGAGCCGGGAUUGGAAACAUGUUCCGGGUGUGUACGGUGCUAUCAUCCGGUUUGUUUGAAGCUAAACCCGGCAUUCUUCAUUGUCGAGAAGAAGUGGAACUGCCCUGAGUGUAUAAAAUUGCAGUCAACAGAUGAGGCGGGUCCGGAUAACGACGGUAAACCGGCCAAGGACAAACUUAAGAUUGACAGCCUGACUGUUUCGCUCAAAUUCGCUAUGAAACGAAUGCAACAGCUGAAAGGGAGCGACAUUUUAUACCCUUUGGAUAAGGAGCAAUAUCCCAACUACGAUCAAUAUGUGAUAAAUCAUGUCGAUCUUCUAAUGCUACAGAACAACGUCGAUGAUCAAAAGUAUCGCUCGACAGAUGCCUUCCAAGCAGACGUUAGUUGGAUACAGCACAAUGCUUCGAUUUAUCCUAAUAACAAUAAACUUCUACCGGUAGCAAAAGGUUUGCUAAAAAUCUGUAAACAGGAAAUGAAUGAAAUUGAAGCUUGUAACGAGUGUUAUUUUAACGCAAAUACUUGCAAAACCUGGUUUACUGAGGUGUGCACCAAACCUCACCUGCUAGUUUGGGCAAAGUUGAAAGGGUUUCCGUUUUGGCCUGCCAAACUCAUGUCUGUGAAUAAUAAUCAGUUGGUCGACGUACGCUUUUUCGGAGAUCAUGAUCGAGCAUGGGUGCCGAUCAAAGAAUGUUUUCUAUUCUGUGAAAAAGAUCCGAAUACUAAACUUCAACGUCGUUCCACCAUGGCGGAAUGUAUGCUUGAAGCUGAUACGUAUAUCGCUAAGCUGAGGAAAAAAUAUGGCCAGUUCCAGUAUGCUGAGUUUCGCACUCAAGUUGAAGCGAAUAAAUUAGAUGAACACCUAGAAGCAAUGCUACCGGGAGUAUUGAAAAGAAUCGCUGAGAAUGGAGAUUCCCAGAAAGCAAAGCUGAUGCUAAGAAUUAUAAAAACUGCAGAUAAUUUUCUUUCGGUUUCUCCUGUUUCAAUAAAUCCCAUAAAAUCGACACCGAAAAUGGUUCGCAGUUGUAGUAUUGCUUCACCCGAAAAGGUGAAGGAUAUUCCCAAGGAUACCUUACAAAGUAUGGAACAGUUGCGACCUGAAAACCCGGAGAAAAUGGAAGAGCCAUAUCAAUCAUAUCCGGAGUCAAACAAAACUAGCCAUUCAGAUUUGAUGACUGAGUUAAACACAUCGCGACCAUAUUGCACGAGGAAACGCAAGAGUGUUAGUCCCUCGAAAGAAACUGCUAAGGAUGUAAUUCAGGAAUUUACUCGUGAAGUGAAAAAACGCAAUAGUCGAAAUACAUCCAUGCAUAAAGUAAAAGAUGAGGAGCCUGGCUCGAUUACGUCGGAAUCAUUUGCAGUAGCUGCACCCCGAUGUUAUCCGAACAGAAAACGUAAGAGCGUUAGUCCUCCAAUAGAUACGAUUAGAGAACAAAAGCAUAGCAAAGUAGAAUCAGUAGUAAUACAACGCGAAUCUGAUAGUUGGAAAACGGUGCCGGCAACGAAAAAGCGUAAGUCAAAAUCCAGAUCAAGUGAGGACAAAGGAGAAACGAAAGAAACAAAAAAUGAUGAAAUUGUCGGAAUACAAAGUUUGGAAAAAGACGCCAAUUCUGAACUACCUGAAUCUGAAACUGAGCAAACAAACACUGCUUCUUCUAAAGUAGAUGAUCGAAAUAAUACUGUUCCAACAGUUGAUGAAAAUGUCCAGGCUAAGGCGAAAUCGGUUAUCCACAAAGAUAUUAGUAUUCCACUGGUUCCUUUGUUAUCAAACGAAAUUAAAACUGAACCAAUGGAAGAAGAACCUCCUCCUGAUCCAACAACCAGCGUAGAAGACCCACCAGUAGAGCAACAGACUUUACCUCCUGAUUAUCAAAAAGAAGCGACACCGAUGAACGCUCCUAGCAACGUACCAUCCACUGCUUCUCAGGAACUAUUACCGAUCAAAUCAGAACCAUUGUCGGAAGAUGAAGAUGAGUCACUAACUGCUAAUGACAUCACUACGACCGCAACCAUUAAUGAGCCCUGCAAACAGGUUGUGAACCCAAAUCAAGUGUUGAUUCGUACUAGCAAUAGGAUAAUGGUCAAAGACAUUAAUAAACUAACCAAUCAAAUUGGGCCUCGUCCGAAUGUAGCCGGUAACACCAACGGGCAACCACUGGUACUAACACAGGUUGACAAACCGAAAAGUUUGCCAAAAACGCUUCCCAAAGUGAUGGCUAAUGUACCACAACGGAACCGUAAAUCGCUGUCCAAUCAGCCUGCUUUCACUCAUGUGAUUAGAUCAUCGGCGCCACAAACCGGAAUAUCUGUUUCCCUGACGAAUAGUUUUCCUAUUGGUAAAAAUGGCAGCAAUAUGAUGCACAUGGUACACAUUCCAAGUCCACUUCCUACGGUUAAUGACCAAUCAAACCGCUCUGAACAACCGAACGAUGCAGCAUCAUCUAAUCCGAUCACCCAGAAUCGACAACAGCAACAACAACAACAACAGCAACAACAAAUUAAUGUCCAUGAUUCCGCUAACGUACCCAGAAACUCAACGCAGCCACUGUCAGCGUCCGUUAUAGGCACACCGAUUAAUGUUACUCCAGUCGCAGGUGCAUCUACAUCGACAAGUCCUUCGUCGGGAGAAGGCCAGCAUAUGAUGUCGGGCUUCAUUACACCCAGUCUUGCUGCGGCAGUUACGGAAACUAUAGUAUCAACACCGCCAAAAAUGCAAUCACGGCCAAGUGGUGCUCUGCGAUCGGAAGGCGAUUGUAUUUACCCUUCCGGUGCGGGUCCUGUCUCACAGAUUCUGAUAAAUAACUCUUACAAGAUGGCCGACUUUUUCCGCUCCGUAAUCGAGGAUACACUAGCAGAUUUAUCGAACAACAGUGGCGCCCUGGAGGCGAAAGUAAAAGUGUUGGAAUUAGAAAUUGAAAAACUUAAGCAUUGCCAUCAGCAGGAGAUCACCAAGCUCAAACACAAUUCCGAUCUAGUGCUGUGUGAAAUGCGCAAAAAUAUGGACCUUGAAAAAGCUCGCAUUAUAAAUGAAGUUCGCAAACAGUGCGAAAUCGAGCGCAUUCGUGCGGUCGAAGAGGCAAAAAAGAAACAGUGGUGUACUAAUUGCGGAAAGGAGGCAUUAUUCUACUGUUGUUGGAACACGUCGUACUGUGACUAUCCCUGCCAGCAGCAGCAUUGGGCUGCCCAUAUGAACAAUUGUACACAAAGCCAGUUCAAUCUGCCGAGCGCAGCGAUUGCAAAUAAACCGACUAAUGUGACCAACAGCAAGGUAACCACUCAGCAUAUUACCACGCCAAAAAUCACAACCGUGCAAACGUUGAAUUUGAAUGGGCGAUCUGGUCUUACGAUACAGCCAGCACAGCAGCAACACCACACCCAACAUCAGCAACAUCAGAGUCAACAACAGCAACUCAUUAUCCCACUGGCACGAGGCGCAACACAACUUGGAAAAGGACAAUCCUUCCAGCGAUUGAUGAUCAACCCCGUUGGAGCUAGCCAUUCGUCACCAUACACAAUCGUUGCCAACACAUGGUCUCAGCAGAAUCCUUUAUCGACAGCUACGAUUAAACCCGCUUCAGCUCCAUCUCCAGCUGGGCAACCGACACAUUCGAGUUCCGCAACUGCUGCUACCAUGUCAGCUAGCAGUUAUGGACGGAGUAACGUCGGAAGCAAGCUUUCAUCAACGGAUAAAUGCUUGGCUACUCCUAAAUAAAUAUAUAAAUUUGGUCUGUGACGAAAUAAACGAAACUAUUUUUUUAUUUGUACAUACAAUUUUUGGCAAAAAAAGGAUUCUAAAUGGCAUUCAUUCAGAUAUUUGCUACUUGUCAUAUCGACUUUUAUAAACAAGAAGUACAUUUCCUUGCAUAAAACAGUGUUUCUUUCCCUUUCCAAGUAAUUAACGUUGCAAUAAUUGAACUCGCAAAUAUUGAUAAAACUAUCAUGAGCAUCGAAACGAAAAAUAGAAUGUUUUCUUAAUGUAACUUUCUAUAUGUUAAUACAGAUUGUAACUAUUUUCUUUAUACCGA